AUGUCCUCUUCUGAUAGAGGAGUAUCAGAUACCAUAGACCCUAUGGCCAAAGUUUCAGAUGACGGGAUGGCCACAGACACUGAGGUUUUCACUUCAGACACUACGAGUGACAACGAUAAUGAUUUUCAGCCGUUUGCUUUACCAGAUUUUGGAGAUGAUAUACCACUAGCUGAUAGUCUUCCUAACGGGGAUCUACCUCUUGUUCAGAUCCCUGCUCCUUUUCCUCUUGUUGCAUUUCCUCUUGAGGAUCUGCCUCUAGACGCUAUGUCUGAUGACGACGUCGAUCUUUUUAUUGAGGGUCCCCCUGAGGUCGCUGAUGACAUUGCUGUUUCGUUUAUCGAGGUUCCGGUCGUAGAGUUCUUAUCUGACCAUUCUGGUCCCGAUUCAUUUGAGUCUGUGUCAUCUACUACCUUACACGCAUGGGGCGUGCAGCAUUAUCCCACUGACACUGAUUCUAACACCGCUAUGUCUGCUGCACCUGUCUCUCUGCAGUACAUCGAGUUCGACGAUGAGUUUGACCCUGUAUUUCCACACGACUUUGACCCUGACAAUGAGAUUGAGUUUGUCCCUGACGAGCAGCCUUUUGAGGCACCUGUCAUUCCUGACGAUCAACUCUUUGAUAUACCCGCUGAUCUUGAGUAUGCUCCAGCUGACCCUGAGCCUGAGAUUGCACCAGAGCCUAUACCUGCUCAUGACCCUUUGCCUAUGCAUGACCCUAUCCCUACUGACAUUCCAGUUGUUGCACCACCUUUGCCUGACCCGAUCCCUGUACUUGUUGAUCGUGCUCCUUUUGCAGCUCAGAUUGACCCCAGAUAUGCACACACCCGCAAUGGGUGGAUCGAGGACGACGACGCCUACCCUCCUUUUGUUAGACCCGUUACUCCCUCACCUGCAUCUACCCAGGCACCCGUUGGUAUCGCCCCACUUCACCUACACGUGUCAGAUACGCACCGCAUAGAUUUACCGAUCACAUUCCUUCAGGAUAUCCCUCCUCCCCGUCCAGGGGAGGGACCAUCGAGUCAGCAACCCUGUCACAGACCUUCUGUGUCAGCAGCCGAUCAUUUCAUGCCACAGUUUACACACUGCUCCUUCUUCUGCACCCACGGGCGAGCCACUGAUUUGCUCCAGCAGGAGAUACUGUGUAGGAGAGUCAUGGAGUUAGAGAGGAUCCCGCGUCCUCCGCCUUGUCCUUGUCAGUCACCAUUCGCGACACCACCAGCUACUCUCCUACCGUACCCUGAUUUUGAUGUCCGUUUCCUCACUAUGGAGCAGCAGGUUAGCUAUCUGCUGCAUAUCGUUCAUGCACUCGAGGAGGAUUUAGCGCAUUUGCGCAGGUUGCUUUUCGUUCCUCCACCUCCUCCUCCUCCUCCACCAUCAGCUUAG